AUGGCAGAGGUCAAGAUCGACAGCGCGCUCUUCCAGGAGCGCAUCAAUUCCUUCGUCACAUCAUGGAAAAAUGACCUGCGAGCCAGGGAUGGCGGCCUUUUCCAGGGCGCCACUUCGCUGGUUGUUCUCAUGGGCAAGGUCGAGGAUAUUCCCGAGUUCCACAAGAACAACGCCGUCCAUUUUUGGCUCCUUGGUUACGAAUUCCCAACCACCAUGAUGCUUCUCACGACCGAGACUCUCUACGUUGUCACCACGCCCAAGAAAGCCAAACAUCUCGAGCAGCUCAAAGGCGGCCGAUUCCCGAUCGAGGUCCUCUCCAAAGGGAAAGACGCCGAUGCUAAUGCCAAGAUGUGGAAGAUGAUUACCGACAAGAUACAUGAAUGCGGAAAAAAAGUUGGCACCAUCGCUCGUGACACGUCUAAGGGUCCGUUCAUCGACGAAUGGAAGAAGGUUUACGCCGACAGCUGCAAGGAUCUCGAGGAAAUCGACCUUUCUUUGGCCCUCUCGACAUACGCCUUCUCUGUCAAGGAUGAGAAUGAGCUGCGCGCCAUGCGAACUGCUUCCAAAGCGUGCGUUGCUCUCAUGACGCCCUACUUCCUUGACGAAAUGUCUAGCAUCCUCGAUGCCGAGAAAAAGGUCAAACACUCUGCGCUUGCAGACAAGGUCGACAAGAAGCUCGAUGACGACAAGUUUUGGAAAACUGUGCAGCUACCCAACAAUACGAAGCUACCUGCAGACCUCGAUCCCACGCAGCUUGACUGGAUUCUCGGCCCAGCUAUUCAGAGUGGUGGCAAGUUUGAUCUACGAUUUGCUGCCGAAUCCAACGAUGAUAACUUGCAUCCUGGCAUCAUUGUCGCUGCUAUGGGUCUACGAUACAAGUCAUACUGCUCUUCGAUCGCCCGCACCUACCUCGUCGAUCCGAACAAGUCGCAAGAAAAUAAUUACAAACUCCUCUACCAGAUUCACAACGCUGUUAUCCAGGAGCUGCGCGACGGUGUUACUGCCAAGGAUGUUUACGCCAAAGCUCUUAGUAUCAUCAAGAGCAAGAGUCCUGAGAUGGAGAAGCAUUUCCUCAAGAACGUCGGAUACGGCAUCGGUCUCGAAAACCGAGACACGACUCUCCUUCUCAACGCCAAGAACCAGCGAACUCUCAAGGACGGCAUGACUUUGAUCAUCACCACCGGAUUUCAGGAUAUUGACAACCCGCAGCCUCAGGACAAAAGUUCCAAGACAUAUUCUCUGGUGCUCAGUGACACAGUGCGUGUCAAAAGUGCUGAGCCCAUUGUUUUCACUGCUGAAGCCCCUACAAGUGCCGACGCCAAUUCUUUCUUCUUCAAGGACGACGAAGAGGAGCAGCCGACGCCAAAGAAGGAGAAGCGCGACUCUCGCGUCGGUGCUGUUGCUACGAAGAAUAUUACCAGCACGAGACUUCGCUCGGAGCGUUCCACUCAAGUGGACGAGGAUAACGAGGCCAAACGCCGUGUCCAUCAAAAGGAGCUUGCCGCCAAGAAGCAAAAAGAGGGACUUGCGCGAUUCUCAGAGGCCAAGAGCGACAAUAAUGGCACCGAGGUCAAAAAGUUCAAGCGCUUUGAUUCGUACAAGAGAGACGACCAAUUUCCUCCUCGCGUCAAGAACAUGGAAAUCGUUGUUGAUUCCAAGAAUGCCACGGUUGUGCUGCCCCUACUGGGUCGGCCUGUCCCUUUCCACAUCAACACCAUCAAAAACGCCAGCAAGAGCGACGAGAAUGACUUCUCAUUUCUCCGCAUCAACUUCCUUUCUCCUGGACAAGGUGUUGGCCGCAAAGAUGAUCAGCCUUUUGAAGAUGCCAAUGCCCACUUUGUCCGCAGCUUGACAUUCCGUUCUACGGAUGGUGACAGAUAUAGCGAGAUUGCGACUCAAAUUUCCAAUAUGAAGCGUGAUGCUGUCAAGAAGGAGCAGGAGAAGAAGGACAUGGAGGAUGUUGUGGAACAGGACAAGCUCACAGAAAUAAGAAAUCGUCGGCCUGCUGUCUUGGAUAAUGUCUACAUCAGGCCGGCGAUGGAGGGCAAGCGCGUACCUGGCAAGGUUGAGAUUCAUCAAAACGGUAUUCGCUAUCUCUCGCCGCUCAACGCCCAACACCGCGUGGAUAUUCUAUUUUCCAACGUCAAGCACCUAUUUUUCCAGCCCUGUCAGCACGAGCUCAUUGUCAUUAUUCACAUUCACCUCAAGGACCCGAUUAUUGUCGGCAACAAGAAGAAGACCAAGGAUGUUCAGUUCUACCGUGAGGCGACAGAUAUCCAGUUCGAUGAGACUGGCAACAGAAAGCGCAAGUAUCGCUAUGGUGACGAGGACGAGUUUGAGGCAGAGCAGGAGGAGAGGCGGCGUCGUGCUGAGCUCGACAGACUUUUCCAGGGUUUCGCGCAAAAGAUUGCCGAGGCGGGCCGCAACGAGGGCAUCGAAGUGGAUAUGCCUAUCAGAGAUCUCGGAUUCCACGGCGUGCCUUUCAAGAGCAACGUCUUUAUUCAGCCUACCACAGACUGUCUGAUUCAAGUGAUAGAACCACCUUUUAUGGUUAUCACGAUUGACGAUAUUGAGAUUGCUCAUCUUGAGCGUGUGCAAUUCGGCCUCAAAAACUUUGACAUGGUUUUCGUGUUUAAGGACUUUACACGAACACCUUAUGCAGUCAACACAAUUCCUGUCGAGUUCCUCGAUCAAGUCAAGGACUUCCUGGAUUCUUCUGACAUUGCGUACAGCGAGGGUCCCCUGAACCUUAACUGGCCGACGAUUAUGAAGACAGUCACGGCGGACACGCACGCCUUCUUUGCCGAUGGUGGCUGGUCCUUCCUGCAGGUCGACUCGGACGACGAGGGCGAGUCAGAGGAAGAGGAAGAGUCGGCCUUUGAGGUGGAGGACGACGACCUGGACGCGGCGUCGGAAUCGAGCGAAGACGACUCUGAGUACGGUAGCAACGCCAGCGACGAUGACGACGACGGCGACGCCGAGCUCGACAGUGACGAUGAAGGCGAGGACUGGGAUGAACUGGAGAAGAAGGCCAAGAAGCGCGACAGAGAGAGCGGGCUGGAUGAAGAGGAACGGGGUGGCAGCAAGAAGCGCAGAAAGUAA